GUGCCCCGCCCCUCCUGCGGAGCCCGGAUGAAGUGUAACGCCAUUACCGCCCGAGCCGCCGAGAGCCCUAGCGGACUCGCAGUGGACGCUGACCGGCCGCACCAUGAGACUCCUCCCCCGGCUGCUGCUGCUGUUCCUGCUGGCCUUCCCCGCCGCCGUGCUGCUCCGCGGCGGCCCCGGAGGGUCAUUAGCAGUGGCUCAAGAUCUUACAGAAGAUGAAGAAACAGUGGAAGAUUCGAUAAUUGAAGAUGAAGAUGAUGAAGCUGAGGUAGAGGAAGAUGAACCCACAGAUCUGGCAGAAGAUAAAGAAGAAGAAGAUGUAUCUGGUGAACCAGAAGCUUCACCGAGUGCAGACACAACUAUCUUAUUUGUAAAAGGAGAAGAUUUUCCAGCAAACAACAUCGUGAAGUUCCUGGUAGGCUUUACAAACAAGGGGACAGAAGAUUUUAUUGUUGAAUCGCUAGAUGCCUCAUUUCGUUAUCCUCAGGACUACCAGUUUUACAUCCAGAAUUUCACAGCUCUUCCUCUGAACACUAUAGUGCCACCCCAGAGACAGGCGACUUUUGAGUAUUCCUUCAUUCCUGCAGAGCCCAUGGGGGGACGGCCUUUUGGUCUGGUCAUCAAUCUGAACUACAAAGAUUUGAACGGCAAUGUAUUCCAAGAUGCUGUCUUCAAUCAGACAGUUACAGUGAUUGAAAGAGAGGACGGGUUAGAUGGAGAAACAAUUUUUAUGUAUAUGUUCCUUGCUGGUCUUGGGCUUCUGGUUGUUGUUGGCCUUCAUCAGCUCCUAGAAUCUAGAAAGCGCAAGAGACCCAUACAGAAAGUAGAAAUGGGCACGUCAAGUCAAAAUGAUGUUGACAUGAGCUGGAUUCCUCAGGAAACUUUGAAUCAGAUCAUGCAGAGUAGAAGAGGUGAGGUGGUUCAUUUCUUCAUGGGCUUUGCUACCACGGUGGGGGCUCCUGCAUAGUGCAUGAGGAAGCAAGUUGAAUAAUGGAACUGUAAUUGGGGGGGGAAAUACCACAAAGUGCUUUUUAGUUUUUCAAGACAGGAUUUCUUUGUAUAGUCUUGGCUGUCCUGCAACUUGCUCUGUAGCUCAGACUAGCCUUGAACCCACAGAGAUCCACCUGCCUCUCUGCCUCCAGAGAUUAAAGGUGAACACCACCAAUGACCAACAACUGCCUAUAAGCUACUUUUGAAAGAAUGGAUCUAAAAUAUUACUUAAUAUAUUCUGGGUUUAUUUUUUGUUUUUUGUUUUUUUUUAAUAGGCAGUUUGGUUUUUCAAGACAGGAUUUCUCUGAAACAGCCUUGGCUGUCCUGGAACUCGUUCUGUAGACCAGGCUAGCCUUGAGCUCACAGAGAUCUGCCUGGCUCUGCCCCCCAAGUGCUGGGUUAAUGGUGUGCGCCACCACUGCCCCGCUAGUCUUCAGUUAUUCUUGAUAAACAUUUAUUAUAAAAUGUAUCCUAGUCACUUUUUCAAGAAAAAGGAUGUUAGGCAUAUUCUUUCAUUUCAUAGAAUACUUAUAAAUAAACCUCACACCUUGGUGAAAGUAUCUUUUUCCAGUUUUUUGUUUGUUUUUGUUUUUUAAUUUUUUUAUCUUCAGAAAUCAUUUGGUGGUGAUGACAAGAUAACCAGAUCUUGUAUAUUGCCCAACCUGGCCUUGUAUCUGGUUUCAAAUGAUCUUCCUGCCGCCACAGUUAGCACUUGUCACCAGGCUGUAUACAUUUUCUUUAUUCUUUUUGGAAAAAUAAUAGCUUAUUUCCCAGUGAGCUGGUCUUCCUGGUACACCGAGUGCUCCUAGAAAAUGAGGUGAGGGUAUGUCCAACCUUUUUUUGAAACAGCCUUUGUAGAUUUAGCCCAGGCUGGCCUCAAACUCAGCUUCCCUAGGACUGAGAUUACAGGCAUGAACCACCAGACCCAUCUUGGCCCUCUGUUUUUAAAAGAAACAUAUAGAUUAUUUCUUUUAUAGAAUAGUAGAAACUCAACACUACAUAUAUUUCUGUUAAAUUCUAAAGUGAUUCUGUGUACUGGAGUGGUUUUAGCUUUGAGGUACUAAUGUCCUUUGCUUGCUUUUUCCAGAUAAAUUUGUAUAGUUGCCCAAACUUAUGCACCCAACUAAAUCUUAUAUUAGUGUCCAACAUAAGUAUGCUUCAAAUGUGUCAUAUCUUUUAAAUGUUUUUUAAGCAGAAUCUCAUAGUAGCCUUUGCUAUAAGCUUUGAACUCCUAAUCCUCCUGCCUGCAUCUCCCAAGUGCUGGGAUUGUGGCCCACCAUGCCUAGGUCUUUUAAAGUAUCUUGAAAUUCUUGCUUUUGCACAUACAAGCAUGUUAUAGAGUGUGCGUGUGUGCUUGGUGUCUGUGGUGGUAGAACAGCCCUUGUCAGCAUGUUAUAGAGUGUGCAUGUGUGCUUGGUGUCUGGUGGUAGAACAACCCUUGUCAGCAUGUUAUAGAGUGUGCGUGUGUGCUUGGUGUCUGUGGUGGUAGAACAACCCUUUUCAGAUGGUUUCCUACGUUCGAUGUGAACAUUUCAGUUUAAUUGGUGUUACCCUGGAAGGAUAUUUUCAAACUUAUUUUUAAAACCUAGAGCUAGGUAAGAGACAUUUGUUACCAGAUGUGUGUGUGUGUGUGUGUGUGUGUGUGUGUGUGUGUGUGUGUGUGUGUG